UCGGGCUGCGGGCGGCGGCCGGAGCGCGGCCGCGAUGGAGCAGCGCGACGAGAAGGGGCAGGUAGCGGCGGCGGGCGAGGGAGAGCCCCCAGCCGGGGAAGGAACCGGGACAAGCACCGGGACCGGGGCAGAGACCGGGACAGAACAGGAGCCUAGCGGGGCCCCGGCGCCUUUCCAGCCCCCAGAGGGUGGCUUCGGUUGGGUGGUGGUCUUCGCCGCCGCCUGGUGCAACGGCUCCAUCUUCGGCAUCCACAACUCCUUCGGGAUCCUCUACAUGAUGCUGCAGAACGACCUGGGCGAGGGCAAUAAGGACCCCGCGCUGGAGUUCAAAACAGCAUGGGUCGGCUCCUUGGCCAUGGGCAUGAUUUUUUUCUGCUCUCCCAUUGUCAGCAUCUUCACCGACCGGAUCGGCUGCAGGACCACAGCAGCAACGGGAGCUGCCAUCGCCUUCAUUGGGCUGCUCUCCAGCUCCUUCACCAAGUCUCUGGAAGUUCGUUAUUUCACAUAUGGGAUCCUCUUUGGCUGUGGCAGCUCCUUCGCCUUCCAGCCCUCGCUGGUCAUCCUUGGUCACUACUUCAAGCGCCGCCUUGGCUUGGCCAAUGGCAUCGUGGCCGGCGGCAGCUGCCUCAUCUCCGUGCCACUUCCCUUCUUCCUGAAGGUUGUUGGGGAAGCCAUUGGGCUGGCACAUACUUUCCAAGUACUCAGUGCCUUAAUGCUCAUCCAGAUAUUCUUGUCCAUGACCUAUCGGCCCAUCUUGCCACCUUCUUGUGACUCUCGGCAGGAUGGGCAGGACAAGCUGGGCAGCCGGAGCAUGCGGCAGCAAUGCUGGUCCCAGACACGCAAGUAUUUCAACUUGAGGAUUUUCCGGAGGAAGACCUAUCGGAUUUGGGCCUUUGGCAUCGCUACUGCUGUCCUGGGAUAUCUUGUGCCCUAUACGAACCUGGUAAAAUACGUGGAGAAGAGAUUUCAAGAAACCAAAAAGGACUGGAUCAUCCCUGUUUGCCUUGGAGCCAUGUCAGGGCUGGGGCGCUUGAUUGCAGGCCGAAUUGGUGACUGCAUUCCUGGGCUGAAGAAGAUUUACCUGCAGGUUGCAUCCUUCGUGGUGUCGGGCAUCCUCUGCAUGGUGAUUCCCCAGUGCCAAGGGUUUGAGGGUGUCAUUGUCAUCUGCCUUUUCCUCGGCCUUUGUGAUGGCUUCUUCACCACCAUCAUGGCCCCCAUUGCCUUCGAACUGGUGGGGCCCAUGCAAGCAUCCCAGGCCAUAGGGUACCUCAUGGGGCUGAUGGCUGUGCCCAUGACCGCGGGUACACCGAUAGCAGGAUACCUCAAUGAUUACUUUGGGAAUUACGACGCAGCCUUUUACUUUGCCGGAGUCCCCCCCAUCAUCGCCGGCUUGGUGCUCUCUGUUGUCCCACUGAUCCAUCAGAGGAUGCUGAAGAAGCAGCGCCUGGAUUCUGGCAAAGACAAGAUGUUGUCCUCGGAGGCGGUGGUGAACGGGGAGCUGCUGCCAGGCUGUCCAGCCUCUGAAGCACACAUAUAACACCCCGCUCACCGACACUGUCACCACCAGCAGCCUCUCCAUAGCCCAAGCACAGGUCCUUUCCUUGACGGACCAUAAUUCCCAGUGAUUGCAGAUGCACUAUGUUUGUAAAAGAAAAACCCACACAAAGUUCUUCUAGUUAAAAGCUUUUAACUAGCAGAAACGCUCUUUUUUGGGGGACAAUUUUGGUUUCAAAGCCUGUUUUUGGUUUCUUUUUUUCCCUUUAACCAUUUUUCUAAGGAGAACUUUCUCACCAGGAUCCAAACUUGGUCGAUCUCCUGCUCCUCUCCCUGGUUUUCUAUACGUCAUAACAGAGGUUUACAGCUAACAAAUGCCUUUUCAAAGCAGGCUGCAGAUGGAGCUUGUGGAAGCAGCUGCCCAUCCUUUGCUACCGGUGCCACUUGGGUGUCAUGUCCUAGCAGGACAGCCCCCUCCCGUCCAGCACCAGAGGCUGGUUUGGAGCCAGCGGAUCGGAAGAAGGAAAAAGGCUGCUUUAGUCCAAUGCACAAACCAAAUAAAUGGUCGGCGUGUCCUGCUUUAACCUUCUUGUUUCCUUUUCCGCUGCUUUCCCACACACCAGGGAGCUGCAGCUGGGACCAUGGGGAGCUCAGCCAGCUCCAGUCUUUCCACCCUCAUCCACCAGAGCCACGCAGGAGCAACAUGUUCCUGCAAAAUAUGCCUUAAAAAUACAUGGACAAGACCAGCAGGUCCCUUAGCCACUUUCCACCUCUGUUUUCUUACUCAGUGACUAAUGAUUGGGCUUGUAAGGUGUGAAAGAGAGGGGCAGCUCCCAGCACAGUAUCCGGCUCCACAAGGUGAAAGCUGCUGAGAUUGGACACUUUGGAGAUAUCAAGACACACAGGGUUUGGGAUGGAGCCCCAUGUGUUAUGGGUUCACUUCAUGCCAGGAGGCAGCUUCCCUGCCAGGCACAGGGCACCCAUGGGUGCAUGGAUGCAGUUAGAUCGGGGUACAGGGUGUAUUAUGCAGCAAUAACCGUAUGUUAGUAUUGGCAGGGGAAGCCUGGUGUUUCCAGAGGGUUUAAAAGCCCUGGCAGUGUUUAACUCAGAGCCUGUGUGUUGCUGUGCAGAGCUUGUGCAGGGUCAAUGCUGUCCCCAUGGGGAGAGGGAGAGAGCUCAAGAAAGCAGCACAGCCCAUGGGUACCCACCACACAGAGCAAAGGCAGAGCUCAGCUUUGUGUAGUCCUCCUGCCUUGGUGGGUCCCCAUGUCAUUGGUGCUGGCCAGGACCAGGAUACCUUUUCCUGGGAAUAAUAACCCAGGAGAGAGCAAGAAACAAGGCUCGUGUUUAUCCUGGCUGCAAAUCCAUCCUUUGUUGGAUUUUCAUUUUAUUCAUCUGCCAUUAAAAAGCAAGAAGCCUAAAGAGGGAUGUGCACCAUGGGAAUCGUCCCUCAGUGCCCCCAUACCUCGUGUAGGGGUUUGUAACACCAAGACAAAGCUUUGCUGUUGAAACUUGUUUUCAUUGGAGGCCAUCCUGUGAGCAGCGGUGGGACCUUUGUAUAUAGGCUCAGGAUCCUGCAUGUCCCUCUGGUCCUGGUUUUAAUCCACGUUGGCUAAUGCAUUAGAAGGUCUUGUGGUGUUGUGGCCCUUCUGUCCCCGUAUGAGCUGGAAAAUUAACUGGUGUGUUGUGACGUGUUUAUGACUAUAAAACAAGAUGUCCAUUUGCCUCUUUCUUCUCUACGCUUUCCUGUGACUGUUAUUACCCUUCAUUGCCCAUAUUGCAUCAUCUGCUACAGCUCUGCUGACCCAUCGCUUGGUUUAGGAGGCAGCAGGAGCUUCACUGGGAGGCAGGACUUUGCCAGGAACUGAAUCAUGGUGUCCGUGCUCUGGCCGCAUUGGGAUUUGCUGGGUUUAUCCUAGGCCAAGGCUUUAAAGUGGUGCUUUUCAGCUGGGAGCAUUGGCAGUGGGGAAUCUUCAAAGCCAUCUGAUAACUGAAUGAAAGAAAUGCAUUUAAUCAUAAGCCUUUUUGUGAGUUGGGGCCUUUGUUCAAUGGAGUUCUUUAAAUCAUGUUUUUCAUCUUAAUGCCCCUUGAAGGAAAGUUUAUGAGGGAUUUCAAUACAAGAAACAGCUUCUUCAGACCAACAAGAGGACAAACAGAGCUGCCUCAAACCCGUGUCUGGCCUGAGCGAGAGGCAGAACCACCGAUGACUGCAUCCUUGUGAAACUUUGUUGUGGUAAAACCUCGCUGGUCCUAAGGUGAUUUAUGCUUCAAAUGCCAAAUUUCUACAGAUUUCCACUUGCCUUAAAUGCUCUGUCUGCCUGCAAAGGUCUUUGCCCCGGGAGGAACCUGCAUUCAGUGCAAUGUGUGCUUAAGGCUGCAGCAGCAUCAGACCAGCUCUGUGUCAACCAGGAGCCAGCGAGACUCCAGGAGGGAUGGUGGUACCCAUGUUCAUCCCUCCUGAACUGUGGUCUUUGCCUACUGCUUUUAUUAUCAACCCUCUUGGAGAUUUCAACUGAUGAGCUGCAUUCAUGGACUACAUGAGUCUGGUCAAAGGAAUCCAUCCCUCCAAUCCAUCCUAUCCUGGGCCAAUAUCUGGGAUCAGCUUCCCAAAACCACUUUGAGCAUCUUUGUCUGGUCAAGAACCUGCCCUUGGACAAGAUGAGGGCAAAUUCUGCACCAGAGAAGGCAUGUUUGAGCAACAGCAAUGAAAGGUUCCCCUCGUCUGCAAACACAGAGGGGAAGAGGAAGGGCAAAGGUUGGAGUAGUCUGUCAACAUAAAGGGGAGUAUUUUGGGGUUGGUUUGUGAGCUAAACGCUGCCUCUGUGUGUGGUUUGUCCCUUGAGUAUCAGGCAGUUUAAAAGAAUAUUGCAGACUCGUGGCUUGUGAGAGGUGGGAUUGUGGCCAUUUGAGCAUCUAUAAACAGGGAGAAAUUGCAUUGGUCUCCUAAACAUCCUCUUAGCCUGUUGCAGUCUUGUGCUGUGACAGCAAAUAGGUGCAAAAAGCUCAGUCCUAAACCCCCUCCUGUUUCUUCCUAUCAGGAUCUAUUCAUCUUUGCCCAGCUCAUCCAUGUCCUCCUCUGGACGGACGAGGGCUGAACAGGAGGCAGCAUUCACAGUGAUAGAAGGCAGAAGCUCUUCCCUGUGAGGGUGCUGAGACACUGGCACAGGGUGCCCAGAGAAGUUAUAAAUGCUCCAUCCCUGGCAGUGUUCAAGGCCAGGUUGGACUUAGGGGCUUGGAGCAACCUGGUCUAGUGGAAGGGGAUUGGAACUGGGAUGAUCUUAAGGUCCUUUCCUACCUGAACCAUUCUGUGAUUCUAUGAUUCCAUGAAAACUACUUCUUAUUCAGCUUCCUAAUAAACCCCCCCAAACUUGUCCCUCCACUGUGAGUGCCAGGCUGUGAUUCCUGCCCCACUCCCCUGGUAUGGGAGGGGAAAGUGGAGCCCGUCUCUCCGGGCUCGGCCAGUUUUGGGAACCAUGGGAGCAGGUUGAGUGCCCUGAGUGGGAAAGGGGUGGAAGGGAGUGGGGAAGGACCCACUUUGCUCCAUGCCCAGGGUGUUUGGGGAGCUGCAGGCUCGCGUUGUAGCCUUAUGUAAGUGUACAGCGAGCGCAGGACGUGUCCCAGCAGCGCCCUGCUCGGGGCUUGGCUGGGGCUGCCUUUCUAAAUCUUUAGCUUGAGGGUGUUCAAAACUGAGCUGUUGUCUUUUCCUCCCUUUUCCUUCUGUUUUUUUUGGUGCUGCAGAGUCAGGCCUGGGGUUUAACUCCUCUUGCUCUGGCUGAGGGAUGGAGUGGGAGCACCAGCCGAGCUGGAAGGGCUCAGGGGGUGCUUGUUUUCAGCUUUCGGGUCUCCUGGUGAUGGGCAAAUGUGCAGGAGCUGCCCUGGAAGUGCCAUGAUUCAUGGCUUAGAGCUUUGCUGGAGUUGUGAAACAAAGCUGGAACCAUCUGUGGGAGCUGCUUCAUUGCAGCGUGCCCUGCCCUGAGGUCCUAUGGCCAGGGAAAUAUGUGUUUGGAAGUCGCAUAGCUGAAACCUAACAAAUUCUGGCCACUCAUUGGCUGGGCUUGAGGUUUCCUAACAUUGUCCUGCUGUGGGAGCUGUGGGAAGGCCACAUCCUAAUUGCCAUCAAAGCUUGAGGGCUUUUGCAGGUCUGCUGCGGUACCAUGGGGUUUGGGACCCCUACUUUCAAGACGUUUUGGCUCUGCUUCCCCCCAUCGUGGGUGGUUUGCAUCCCUCCGGGCUGAGCUGCCUGGUCUGGAGGAGCCAGGAGCAGGAGGUGGCCUGCAGCUGGGCCAGGACAUUCCUGACCUUCCAUGCCUGACAGUGCCACAGUGAUGGAACGUCUCUUCUGGCGUUGGUACAUUGGUGCUAGGAGCGAUUUGCACUGGGCAGUCUGAUUUGGUGCUGAGGAUCUCAUCUAUGCUUGCUUAGAUCACUCUGGUUCAGCAUCUUGGGAGGCUUAGGGUGGAUUUUAACCCUGGCUGACAUCUGCAUCUGUAUGUGGCCAUACAGACCUCUGAGUAACAACCUGCAUAAAGGUAACUUGGACCAAAUCCUCUGGAUGCAGAGGGGGGCAGAUCCAGCUGCCCCUUGCCACCUCUCCAUCCUUCACUGCAACCAUUACCAGCUUGCACGUGCCUCUGUACCCAACAGUUUCGUUUGGGGGUUACCUUGGUUAACUUGGCUUCAGUUAUUUUCACACUGGCAGAGUUUGCUUUGCCUUAUCCAGCUGGAAGCAGAAAACUGGAAUGACUUUGAAAGCCCCAGCUCCUUGGCCAAGGCAAGUGGGGCAGCCCCAUCCUGCCACCCAGCCGCUGCCUUCCUGCCACAAAACCCACCCUUGGGCAGCUCUUUUGGGCCCUUUUGUUUAACCUUUGGGGACAGUGAUGUGAUUGAUGGGUGCUCCUUAAAUACUCCUCCAAUGUCCUCUGCAUAACACAUGGCAGGGAUGAAGCUGGUACCGUUAUAGAGAGGCUCAUCCAGCAAGCAACAGACCAAAAUGGAGCUGUUUCCCUUCUUUUGGAGAGCCUCUGGGAGGAAAGCAGACACAGGGAUGGAUGGAGCUGCCAUCCCUGUGCAGCUCUGAGUGGGUUUUAUGGCUGAGCCCCAGGGGUGGCUGCAAGGGUGACUGUCCCCAUGGCCGGGGGGUGACCAUCGCUCUGGGUGCUUUAUCAGCUUGGCACCUUGGAUCCAUAGAGUUUAGUCCUGGUGACAGUGAGGUUAUCACUGGGCUUUGGCAGGUCCAUCCUGCACAGCCCCUUUGGGGGUGAUUUAGGGUUAGGGUUGUUGUAUCUUUGCAAACGUUGCAAUGCCCUCAGUGCUCCCACCAAGGACAGACGCUGCCAGUGUCCCAUUGUCCCCUCUUCCCACCCCAGCCCUGCCACCAGGGUGGUAAAACACCAGCACUGAUUGCAGGAGCAGGGCUUGGGUCCCUGCUCCUGGUGGAGGCAAAGCAGGAGGGGAAAGGAGCACAGACCAUCCUGUUUCCUGUGAAACAUGGCUUUGGAAGGAGGUUUUGUGCCUCUGAAGUUUCUCCUCUGUGUAACAUACUCCCCAGCACUCACCCUCCGUCCACCUCCAACCAGCAAGGCAAGCGUAGCUCUUAACUGUAGCAUUAGAGGCAAGACUUAGUGUCUAUUUUACUAAGGAAUGAAGCUUAUUCUCUUUUGUGUUUGUUCACUUUUAAUCACAGCCUGUAAGACGAGUUGUUUACUGGAGCAGGUUUUUGUGUAGCAUCGUUGCUGGUUGGUGACGGCCAGAUUGCCUCAAUGCCGUUGGGUUUUUGGCUUCAAUCAAACCAUCUUGGGAAAGAACACGGCUUCUGGAGGUCUCAACCCUCCCAGCAUAUCCUGUUUCAGCCAUUUAAACUUAUUAAAGCUGGAGACAGGACAUUUCUGGAGAGGCUGAGGGCAAUUAGGAAAUUACCCCGUUCUCCCUCCCCUGCCCUGGAAUCCAGCAGGAUAAAGCCAAAUAUUUGCUUUCGGAUGGGUGGGUUUGGAGCCAACUCCACAUAAAAGCACCAGGGCAAGGCUGGAGUUGUGGGUAACUCAUGAGACAGCUUGUUUUUAAGGCAGGACCUCCAGUCCUGCUGCCAUCACCCCCCGCUUAGUGAAGCCUGAUGUGGUGCCUUUCUCCAACCCUGCCGCUAUCCAACGCUGUUGUGGUCGGUGUUAGCUCCGGAUGGAAAAGCUCCUGCCCCAACCGGAUCCUGCAAAGUGUCCUGGGCUGAAAGCAGUGGCCUGAAAGGAGCCACAAUCCCAUGCAGAAGUCAGGCCUUGAAGUCCAAAAUGAUUCCUUUUGUUGUGCCAUCUGCUCCUUGUAAGCCAUUUGUAUUCCCUUCACAUUUUGUAUCUGCAAGUCAAGUAUUUGAAUGUGUGUCUUAAACAGUAUGAGUAUCCUUUCAAAAUGUGAAUUCCUGGUUGUUGAACUGCAAAAAAAGGAAGAAAGAAGACCCCAACCUCCCCCUAUUAGCACAUUUUUGUAAUUAAUGUUUUAUGAAUGUUGUUUAAAAAAAUGGUGUAGAAUAAAACCAGUUUUAAAAGGAA